AUGCGAUGUUUAAUGCGUGCACGCUGCGUGCGGAGUGAGGUGGUCUUGUCGUCCUUGCUAUGGGGACAGCGCUGGAGCUCCACAUCUAAUUCUACUCCGGGGAAGUAUGGAAAGCUGGCAGCAGCGUCUGGUGCCCCGGUGCUGCCCGGUGUCGAUCUCGCCCGUCGCGCCGUCAGCCCAGACCAGGAGUUCCCGGCCACGUGGAGCGGGGACGAACCGCUCUCCCCCUCCAACCCGCGUGUGUGUUGGCGAGAACACUACUCACUAGAUGCCCAGAAGCCGUACUACCAAAACAUCAAAACAAUGGAGGUGACGUGGGACAUACCAGAGGGCUUUGUAACACGCUUUCCUCGCCUCUACGCAUCUAACGGCUACCACGUGGACGCAACUGGGGCGGUUUUCCGGUCGUCCACGGCUCCCGAACCCCCAGCGGACGGAACCGCUGGCACUACAGUUACAAAGGAGGCUGGUGUAAAGGCGGUGUCACUGAAGCAGCGACUGGCCGCCUACGGGGCAGGCGGGCUCUUGUGGUACCUCAUCGUGCACAACAUAUCCCUGGCGUGCGUCUUCACCUGCCUCUACGUCUUCCGCAUUGAUCUGAUUGGCCUUGCACGUUCCUAUGGCUUCGAUGUAAAGCGCUCAGACGAGGUCGCGGUGAACGAGAGCAAGCGUCCACCAUUCUGGAAGACGUUUGUUCUCUCCAUUGUUCUUAACAAGAUACUAGUACCGCUGCACCUCCUCCUCACAGUCACCUCGGCCCCCCUCCUAGUCCACCGUCUCGAGCCAAUCGCGACAUCAUUAUUUCCCAGAAUAAAGGCCUUUGCCAGGAGCCUCGUCGGCAGAGGCGCCGCAGCAGGGACGACCGUCAAGGUUUAG